GUCUCUCGUCCUCCGCCGCUGCUAACCCCAGCAGGCCCUGCCACUGCUCGUCUGCGCAACAGCGCAGGCCCGCCGCCCUCGCCUCUCCCGCCAUGGCCCCCACCUACGCCCCCUGCCCCCGUCCCAUCCUCAAACGCCCCACCACCACCCCCGCCGUCCCCGCCGCCGCCCCCCGCGACGAGUCCACAGAGCUCCUCGCCAUCGACCGCGGCAUCCUCCAGCCCGUCUACGACCGCUCCCCCAUCGUCGUCCAGCCCAACCGCUGUGCCCUCCCCGAGCGCGGCUGCCCCGGCCGCACCUACACCCUCGGCGACGACGCGUCCGCGAGCCCGACCCCAGGCUCCAGCUCCAGCCGCACCCGCAGCCCCACGCGCGCCGGCCGCCAUCUGCACCCCCGCGCGGCGCCCGGCUUCGUCGCCCGCGAGACCGACGACGACGACGACGACGACGACCCCACGCCGCGCGCGACGCCCACCGUCACCGUGCCCGCGCUCCCGCAGCUCAUCCCGGACAUGUCCUCCGAGUCCGAGGAGAGCGACGGCUUCACCAGCCCGCCCACCGAGUCUGUGGCCGCAGGCACGUACCACCGCACGGGCCUCGCCAUUCCGCGCGCCAAGGACGCCGACGCGCUCGGCAUGAGCUUCGCGGCCAUGCAGCUCGGCACGUCCCCCAGCGCGCUCUCGUUCCUCCCGCACCCCCCCUCCCCGCGCGUGCGCCCCGCCGCGUCCUCGCCGUCCUCGCCCGGUGCCGUCCGGCACAUCGCCGCCCCCGGCCACCCGCCAGAAGACGAGCCCACGCGUGUGCAUCGCCACUCUUCUUCCGUCGGCAGCGUCGCUGGCAGCCCGCCGCGGAGAAAGCACGUGCGCACGCGCAGCGGCGCGAGCCCCGACGCCGCGCGCGCGCGCUACAAGGCGCUGUCCGAGCGGAGCGCGCUGAUCGGGUGCGGCCUCGCCGUGCCCGACCAGGGCUGCCUCGGCGGCUUCUAGCGCGCACGGGCGCAAAAUAAGCAUAAUUUGACGACGACGCGACUGAAGAAAACAACAUUGUACCCCCGCUACGACACGAUAUCCACUGCCCAUUCCCCCCCCCUCCACCUUUCGCGCACACCUUUUCACAUUAUUCAUUAUUCUCUUCACCUGUUCGUGUUACUUUUAUCUAAGUUAUGCGCCGCGGUGCGACCGCGACCGGG